GGGAUACGGCCGUUACCAACGAGAAGAAUCCACAUCCUCCCUGACUUGGAUGUGAGAGAGACGGAGGAGAUGGAGACCUUCACCCAUCUUUAAACGAAGCAAACGAUCUUAGGCGUCCAGCCAAGAUGUGACUCUUACGGUGCGUCAUAAACAGGAUCCGUCCACAAAUUUCAGCAACAGUUUCUAUAGCAACAGAACUAUCAGAUAAUCUUUAAUAGUCCCAUUCCCAUGAUGCAGUCCUCCUCGCAGGCCGCAAAGCCGCGGCGUUUUGAUGCCAGUCGGCGGACAGCUAACUCAACUGGGUCCAAGCUUCGUGUCUCUAGUUUUCAGAGGGAAGAUAAAAACAUGAACACAAUCACCAAUUCGUCUCCACGGCGGGCUUCUAAAGCCCCCACUGCUUCUUCCAAGAGCAGGAUGGUUGCACAGCCAAAAGCUCCAGUAAUCCAGUCCAGACUGAGCUCUCAGAAACAAGGUUCCAUCAUCUCCAGAUCGCCUAAACCCAAACUGAAGAGCGCUCGCCCAUCUGUUGUGACCCAGAUCGCACCAGUAGUUGCUGCUCCUCCUCCUCCGCUCCCCUCCGCCCUCCCCCUGGAUCCAAACUGCAAUGAGCCCAGCCUCCCCUGCCUGUGCUGUGAUGGGCGCUCUCCUCAGGACAACAACAGCAUGUUCAACCACAACCAUAACAACAAUAACACCGUGUCCAUUAGGCAGCAGCUACAGCUGCCUCCUCCUCCUCCUGUGACUCAGGUGGCCCACAACACCGGGGCUAUGGUGGCCAAAGAAGCUGCUCCUGCGCAUGCGGAGCCCCCUGCCAAAUCUGCCGCCAAUGUGGAGAGCGAUGUAAAAAAAACAGACAAAAACAAAAACGUGGAGAACAAAAAAGUAGAUGAAGAAGAUGCAGAGGAAGGAAGAGGCAGAAAUGUUGCUAUUGAUGUAGAUGAGGAUGACGACGAGACAGAUAGUGAUGAUGAUGAGGAUGAUGACACACUGGUGCCGUCAUGCUGUGACUGCCCCCCAUCCCUCUUAGAAUUCUCUCUGUCCUCCUCCACCUCAUCGUCCUCCACUUCCAUCAGCUCCUGCUCCGACCUGGAGUCUGACUGUGCCGAUCAGUGCGCUUCCAUGGGCUCCUCUCAGGACCAGGACCACCUUUCUGCCACAUUAAACCCCAAAGACCAUCCACUCAUACAAUUCCCAGAGUUCAAACCUCCUUCGUCUCUUCCACUUAACAAUAAUCCCUUCUCCCUAAACUCCCGUUCAGCAGUUUCUUCUUGCUCCCCUGAUGAGGGCUAUCCCUCUGCACUUGACUCACCAUCUCCUGACUACUUGGGUGUAAAACGUGACUCUGAUGCUAACAAACUAGACUUGCUUGAUUUCUUAGAGUCUGUAGGGGAGUUUGGGAAAAUGGAGCGCUUCAGCCAGGUUAUCCAAGUUGCUCGCUGGGAUCUGGAAGGAGAGCAACACUGGGAUGUGCUGAGGGAUCGCCUUGAUCACCUCGAUCGUUUGGAAAAAGUGAACGGGGAGGUGAAGCUAGCUUAUGUUGCCAGACUUCAUGAGAAGGGGUUUGAUCUUGGAGAUCUGGAGGAACAGGACCUCUCUGACAUCAUGGAUGAAAUGGGGAACAUCGACAUUUCCUGGAAGCUCUCUAAAACCCGUGACGGAGCAAUGGGGGAAUCUCAGGAGUUUUCUGAUGCCGGGGUUGACCUCACCGCUCCGUCUGACUGCGAUGAUCCACUUGUUCCGGAAUCCCUCACCCCUUCCCCUAUGGAGCUGCCACCCAGACCCCCCAAACCUCCUGCCCGUCAUGCCAGCGUUAGCUCCGACCUCCACACCUACAUUAAUAUCAGUAGGGAGACCACUUCCAUAGCCGUCACCACCUCCCCCACCUUGUCCACUUUCUCCCCCAACUCCUCUUCCCCUACAUUUUCAACAUUUCGAUACGAGAAAUCACUCCCCCCAUCUCCGCCAUCCAUCCCUCCUCUCCCUGCCUCCAAACCGGUCCCUUACCUCACCCUCUAUACAACUCCUUCUCCACCUCCAUCCAUCCCCACACCAACCCCUCCCAUCCCUCCACCCCGAAAGCGACACCUCGCCAGAAAAGAGGCACAACGCCUUGCUGCUCUUCAAGCCGAGCAGGAAAUGACCCCCCUCUCCCUUCCACCUCCCACCACACGCCCUCCACCCUUGCCUCCUCCACCUGUCAUUUCAGUGAGCUGCUCCUCUACUCCACCCGCCAUACCACCUCCACCUGCACUGCCCCCUCCCCCCUCCUUCCACGCAUUGGAUGUUGAGAUCCAGAAGCUGCUAAUGCUGGCAGGACUAACCCAGGCCGAGCUCCUCAAACUCAGCCCUGAGCUCGGUGUCUGUGUCGGGGAGCUGGAGGAUGAGGAGGAAGCAGAUAAUCAUUUUACAUCCAGAUCUCCGGAGACCAGAGAGUUCAGAUUACAAGACGGGGUGGAAGAGAGAGAAAACGACACAGGCAAAGUGGAUGGAGAUGGGAAAGCAUCUGAAGAAAGCAAUAAAGAGGGGGAAGGCAAAGACAAACAAAGAACGACCUCGUUUUCGGAGAUUGCAAGAAGAAGAAAGAAGAACACUGCUUCGAUAAGUGACCAUUACUACAGCACAACUUUUAGUAAUUCGCAUGAAGCGAGGGUGAAUAAUUUCCCUUACCCAAAUGAGUUACCAAAUUCUCCACCACCUCCUCCACCUCCUCGCCCACUGCCUCCAAUCCCCCCGUCUUCAGCCCCCCUUAAAGUUAGCACUUUGCUUGCUAACUCAGAGCAACCUGAGUGCUUUGAUUGGCUUAUAGCAUUCACACCCGAAUGUGAAACCCCCCCACAGAUUACAGAACUGGAGAAGAACAAAUCCACCUCUGAAAUCCCCAAGAAGCUCUCUUCAUCAAGUUCAUCUUCAGACUCUGGUCCAAAGGUCACUACAUUUAAAGAGCUUCGUUUCCGCAAUAAGAACACCUCCCCUCCGACGAAGGUGAUCACCGAUCCUGAGCCCGACCCCACCGUUAUUACCCCUGACCCUGAUAUACUCUACAACUUGAGGUGGAGGAGAGAGAAGGCAGGCAGCGAUGGCAGCCAGUGGGAGUACACAUCACAGGCCCAGACUCUCUUCAUGCAGCCGCCCCCAGCCCUCACCUCCAUGGCUGCCCUGAAGGAGAUGCUGCAGAGAGCUGACAAGGAGGGUGGGCAGUUGGAGCUGUGUCCGACACAGAAGAUCGGCUGCUCAGGCAGCGACAGUAGCCUGUGGAACGUCGGCCAAGAAAGAGAGACUGGGGAACUUCAGCAAGAGAUGAAGGAAAGGAAGAUAGAGGAAGGAAAGGAGAAAGUGGAGGUGAGAGGCCGGGCCGAUGGAGGGAGAACUUAUGAAUCAAGUACAACUGUUUCCUCGCCCCCACUGUGCCUUGCGCGAUCCUCCCAACCCUACUUCCUGCACUCCACCCUCCCUCCCCAUCCCCCAGACCCCCGUAGCUCCCAGCUCCUUGCAGAUCCAUGGUCCUCCAGUGAACAGUGGAGUCCUGCUGCUGCAGGCUCACCUUGUAUCCACAGAGACGACUCCAGCUCUCUUGUGGGCUCUGGAUUUAAGGAUUCCCUGGCUGGUUAUGGUGCAGACUCUCCUGAUUACUACAGAGACAUUUUCAGUGAAAACUCACAGUCAGCUUAUAAAUACGUCAGUGAUCCCAAAACAAACACAGAGGACUUGGAUUGGAAGUGUAAUUUUGACUCACUUUACAGCAGAGACUCUGAGAAGCAAAGCAACACCCACGCUUUGUUUAGUGGCACCUCCGGGGCGCAGGGAUGCACCACCCCGUAUAAGAACAUAGAAGUCAUGAUGACUUACUCUGACAGCAUCAAUGCUGAUUCUCUGUAUUCAGAGAGGCGCUCCCAUGCCGACGAAAGCAGUAUUAAGGCUAGAAUGUCCAAAGAGCUCCCCCCUCUCCCCACAUGCUACUUGUACCACCCUAAAAACUGCCCACUCCACCGGGGAGCGCCACCCCGCCUCUCACCCAUCGGCGCCCUAUCCCCUCCACAAAGAUCAGGAGCUCCCUCGCUCUCUUGCCUCAACUCCCCGCUCUUCCCGCGCUCACACACCCUCCCUGCCCUCGCUGCUCCCCUCUAUUACCCCAAUCUUUACCCCCCCAUCCCACCCAGUGCACCCCCCCUACCCCCUAAAUUCUACCAGGGUCCUCGGCAGCCACAUGUGUCGACCGUUCGCAGUGUCUCUUUCGCCGGCUCUGUACUGAAGACAGAUGAUCCCUGGAUGGGUGAGGAUGUGGAUCACCCAGUGAGGGGUCUCAGUCUGACCUCUCUAUGUCUCCAGGAGAAAAAAGCUCUGGUCAGUGGAGUUAGCGCUGCAGUGGAAGCCAUCUUGGCUCAGUUCAGUUCUUCUCGGACCGUAGUCCAGAAGGCCUUAUCAGGAGACAGCACUAUAAAUCCAUCUCUGGGCCGUCUGGUGCUGCAGUGCCUCUGCCCCGCCCUGCACAACUUGCUGACCGACGGCCUUAAACCUCAUCAGAGUGAUCUGAUUGCAGGCUGGAGGCCAAACUCAGCCUGGAGUCUGGUGCAGGCCACAACAAGGACAGGUCCCAAAACUCAAGCCUUAUUCAACCUCCAAAUCCGAGUUGGCGAGCUGCCACAGCUGAGACAGAGCAAACAGAGGUUCAAUGCAUUCCUUCUUGGUCUGCUAAACUCCAAGCUUCUUGAUUUCUGGCUGUCUCAUCUUCAGACUUGCUGCGAUGUGCUGGAGGCAUAUUACCACCCUACUUCCUUUAUGCGUCUGUCGCUGAGCUCCUGCAGGCCUCUGUUUGAGGAGCUGCUCCUCGUGCUGCAGCCCCUCAGCCUGCUCACCUUCAACCUGGACCUGCUUUUCCAGCACCAUCAUUUGGAGGCAGAUGAUCACAGGCCUGAGAUGCUCAGGUCUCCCCAACAGGAAGCUGGGCUCCAGCAGUCACCGACUGGCCAACAGAAAACUACAGCUGGUGGAUAUAUAGAAACCCUCUCAGAAGUGACUUUUGGAAGUCCAGAACAUUCAGAAAAUACAAAUUCUUCGCCGAUUUCUAACGGGAGAUCAGAGUCAUCAUUGGGUACCGAUUCUGAACCUGUGAAAGCUUCAGUGAGUUUUGGACAAACAAGUCCUCAACUGUUGUGGGUCCAGGAAAAGGAAAUUGAAACUUUACCCCUUCCUAAUGUUGAGGAGGAUAGCUUUACUCAUCAAGCAGGACAGGUAAUACAGCAGGGCUGGGGAGCUGUGGUGCGCUGGGGUGGUCGGCUGAGCCAGAACCUGGCUGAUUUUAGCCUUUCUGCUGUGAAGAAGGAGGAGACAAAAGCCAGUAAUGCUGAUGUCCAGGACCUGGCAGGGAGUGACUCCUCCUCUGUCAGUGGAACUCAGGUUCCCUGGAAUCUGGGCCGACUCUUUGGAGCUUCCAGAAGCCCACACAGCCCUACGGGUCACAUGCCACCAACCAGGCGUCCUUCUCAGUGGUUUGCUCCUGGUGUCACGGCUCUGACCCGAAUGGUGAGCAGCAGUUCCAGCCCAACGCUACGAGGAACCAGUGAAUGUCAUGAAGGAAGGGACACGGAAUCAGAGAAAAAAACAGACAGCACGGAGAUGAUGGAAAGACCCAGACAAUACAGGUCUGUUCGAACGCUGUGUGACCACUCUGGAACCGGUUCGGAGCUCAGCUUCUGCAAAGGAGAAGAGCUGGUGGUGCUGGGAGGCGUCGAUCAGGAUUGGAUUCGAUGUCGUCAGGGAGACAAGGAGGGGCUGGUACCUAUUGGCUACACCUCCCUCAUCAUGUGACGUCGACACUAACUGCUGCACUAAAAUCAAUAUAAUAUUUAAUAUAUGAAUUUAAAAUAUAUAAAAUUUAAAGAUAUUUUAAGUGAGUAUCGAGGGGUUAUGGGAAAGCCGCACUACUCCGAAAGGGAUAUUUUUGGUGGGAUUGAGUUCAGAGCAUGAUGCCAUCUGCUCUGUUUUACUUUUAUCAUCAGUAGUCUCCAGCUUUCUCCUGUUGUGAACAUAUGGGGACUUUUUCCCCCCAUUAAAACUCAUCCUGUUUGAUAGCUAAUGGGUUUAAGGAGGAGAAACACAACAGAUGGCAUGAAGUAAUGACUCAACUCAAAUCAUAAUGAUAUUUGACUGAAAUAUCCCUUUUGAUGCCUUUCUUUCCAUUCUGCUGCUGGUCUGACGCUAAUGGCAGGGGGACCCAGUCUGUUUCACAGCUGCAGAUCAGGAAAUGAAGAAAGAGUGCUAGAGUAUUGCACCGCAGCUCCUGUUUGUAUCAAUGUGGUGAAUUGUAGCCGUAGUCUGUGUUCCCUUAUCACCCUCUCAUCAUUGGCUCUGGUUUGUGUGUUUCAGCGGUUCUAGUAGACUGUAUAAAUAUAUAUAAAUUAUAAUAAAUCCAUGUCUAUAGCUAUAUAAAUUAAGAACGAUUUUACCUAGAUAGAAAGAUAGGUGACCAAGAUUAAAUGGUGAAACAGUGAAGACUGUGAUGUUAUUGUGUGUCUGACUGAUUAUCAGAAUAAAUAACGGAUCCAUCUUCACCAGUAUAACUCCCCUCAUUCACUCUGUGGAUUUCCUGCAAAGUGAAUUCUUUAUUUUAUUACAAAUCCAGCAUCUUCCUCUGUGUGUAUUUUGUGUUGCUGUUGUUUUGCCAUACUUUAAGGCAGCGGUCCCCAACCUUUUCUGCACCACGGACCGCUAUGUGUCAGACAAUAUUUGCACGGACCGGUCGGGGGGGUACGAUCAAGUAAAAUGAUACGAUUGGUAUAAAAUCAAAUAAAAACAGCAUAAAAAUAAAACAGCAAGCCAGUCCCAUCUAGGCAUAAUCAGAGACAAUGACACACAAAGUGUGCUCCUGAUGUCCAGUCUGCUCCUUAGCUUUGUUUUGGUCGC